UCCUUUUAAAUUAAAUUAAAGAUUUUUCCCCUGUCUAUCUCUAGCUCCCUGUUGCCCCCGGAUGAACCCCAGAGGGAAGCAGAGGAUGCUGGGAUGCCCGAUGCCCCAAGUGAGAGGAGCUCUGCUCUGGAGGCGGUGCGCUCCACGUUAUGCCCCGCCCAUCGCUCUCUGCUCCAGCGAAUCCUGAGGCUCGCCCACCAGCAGCACCGUCUAUCAUUGGCCUACAGAGACGCCCAUCGCCGCCUCGUCCCGCCCCCAGACCCUCUCUGCGGCCACCUGGUGGCCAAACAACAGGACGACACUUCCUCUCCUCCUUCCUUCACUGGCUGUUGGAGCCGUAGUGGAGCCACGCGUCCGACUGACUGGAAGACACCAGGUGGUCCAGGCUGUUGCUGCUGGCUGCCUCCUGUCUGUUUCUGCCUCCAGAGCCUCCGCUGCCUGUCCUGCCAGAGCCUGUCCCUGGGACACAUCACCACUGGGGUUCGCUCCUCCUCUUCUCUGUGCUCUUUCACGUCCUCCUCUUCUCGUUCAUCCUCCGCUCUGUGUCCUAAUCCCUCAGUCUGUCCCGUGGCCUCUGUCUGUUGCUCCAACCCCCAGCCCUGCGCCUCCUGCUGCUCAGAACACACCUACCUGGCCCCGGUCAGACACACAGCCCCGGGAGGAGGAGGAGGAAGCGAGUGCCCUGUCCUCAAGAGAGAGCGAUCCCGCACCCCCUCUCCUCCCCCUCUCUCCCCCAUACCCUCAGACAUGGACGGUAAGGAGGAAGACAAGCCUCCCUCUCUUCUGCAGCAGGAGGGGGAAAAAGAAGAGGAGGCUGGGUGUGGUGGGGCGGUGGGUGAGGACAGGGAGCAGCAGGACCUGGUGGAGCGUUUCAGUGACAAACUAAAGACAAUCAGGCCCCAGGAGAAGGAUCCUCCACUCAGCUCUGCCUUAGCCAAUCACAACCUAGAGAAGGAUCCCCACCUGACGACCUCAGCCAAUCAGCACAUUGCAGAGUCCCAGGCCGACGCCCACCUGAGUGAGAUCAUCACCACCGUUCUGAACACGGGUGGCGGCAGCGACUACAGCCUAAACGACAUGUUGCAUCACCAUGACAACAACGAGAGCCAGCCACCUCGGACGCGUUCCCGGCGGCGACAGGAGGCCCUGGCUGCCAUGGCGACUUUGCCCGACCAGUCGUCCACCCGGCGCCAGACUUUGCUAAUCAAACGGGAGCUGGCCAGGCUGAACCAAUCGCUGGGCAGGAGGCUGUCGCUAGGGAAGAACAAGAGCCGCAGUGCCACGCCCUUUUCUACCUGCUCCUCACCUGAACCAACCCCUGUUACAGCAGAGAUAGACAGAAUCACAGAGGAGGAGGGCGAGACCGGUAGAGUGAAGGAGGGCGAGACCGGUAGAGUGAAGGAGGGCGAGACCGGUAGAGUGAAGGAGGGUGAGACCGGUAGAGUGAAGGAGGGUGAGACUGGUAGAGUGAAGGAGGGAGAGACCGGUAGAGUGAAGGAGGGAGAAACCGGUAGAGUGAAGGAGGGUGAGACUGGUAGAGUGAAGGAGGGAGAGACCGGUAGAGUGAAGGAGGGAGAAACCGGUAGAGUGAAGGAGGGAGAGACCGGUAGAGUGAAGGAGGGCGCGACGGAGAAGGUGACAGCAGAGAAGGUAGGUCCAGUGAGAGUCACGAAGGAUAGAGUCGGCAUGAAGGAGGAGAUGGAGAAACCCCCAGUCCUCUCCUCUACACAACAGAGUCCCCCGCAGGAGGACCAACACAAACCAGAGAGCUGGAACAUCACCUGUCAGGACAGCAGUAGGAGUGACCUCCCUGAGAAGAGGAGAGAGGAGGAGUCACCAGGUAGUACCAGCAGUGGUCUUCCUGAGAGGAGUAGAGAGGAAGAGGAGGAGUCACCAGGUAGUACCAGCAGUGGUCUUCCUGAGAGGAGUAGAGAGGAAGAGGAGGAGUCACCAGGUAGUACCAGCAGUGGUCUUCCUGAGAGGAGUAGAGAGGAAGAGGAGGAGACAGCAGGCAGCAGCAAGGACAGUAGCAGAGUGUCAGCCAGGAAUAGCCCUUCCCACCCCUGCAGAACCAGGAGAGGCAGCAGGUCCCAGCCAGGCUGCAGCAGCCAGGUGGUGGUGGGGAGGAGCAGCGAGGCUGGGAGGUCCAGGAGGAGCAUCGUCCCUCCCCAGCGGUUCUCCUCCUACGUCACAGAGCCCAGGAUGAUGUAUUCUGCUGCCUGUUUCUCAGAGAGGAUCUUCUCCGCCCAGAGGGCGCCAAAGGAUCGGCAACCACUCAAUGCCCCCAACACCAAUCGCACAGACUCCCCGUCCUCGGACACAGACACGGCUGAGGGGUUGGGCGAAGCAAGAGAAGAGGAAUUACCGCUGGCAUCCAGUCCUGAGGAUGUCAGUCAGGAGAGGAGGGGAGGCAGAGGCUGUAGAUCAACAGCAAGAGGUCAGAGUUCAGACCGUGAGUCACAGAGACGAGGUCAGGUGAUUCCCGUCACUGCAGCUUCCUCUGAGCAGCAGAGUCCCCCUAAACAGCGCUCCCAGAACAGGGCAGACGUUAGGCUCAGAGCAGCCAAACCUUUUGGGCGCUUACGCUCCUCCCACUCCGGCCAACAGUUCCAACCAGCGAGCCCUCAGACAGCCUCCAGGCCAGAGGUCCCCACUGGUCAGCCUCAGUACAUCAGCCCCAUCAAGCUGAUGUUUGUGUCUGCAGUAGUGGGUGAGGAGGGGGUGAGGUACACCCUGAAGGCGGCUGCACCAGGAUCCAGCUGGCAUGGACAGGAGACCUUUGACCCCUGUGAGGAGUCAUCGUGGGCUGGAAGUCCAGAGAAGACCCCAGAGAAGACUCAUAAUCCACCGAAGACCAGGAGUCCACCGAAGACCAGGAGUCCCCUCCAGACCAGGAGUCCACCGAAGACCAGGAGUCCACCCCAGACCAGGAGUCCCCUCCAGACCAGGAGUCCACCGACCAAGACCAGGAGUCCACCCCAGACCAGGAGUCCACCCCAGACCAGGAGUCCCCUCCAGACCAGGAGUCCACCCAAGAACACCAUAUCGUCAUCACCAAAGCUGUGUGGAACAACGAGAGGAGGAGAGGGGGGUAGCCCGCCAAAACGCUCUCCCGGGUCCCAGAACGGAGACGGCUCGCCUCCUUUUCGUGAAACCACCCCCACAAAGCGACGUCCGGGACGUCCCAAGAAGCUGGGCCCCCAGCUGGAGAAGAGGGCCAAGAGGCCAAUCGGCCGCCCGCCCAAGCAAAGGGGUGUAGAGCUGAGCUGUGGCUCCAGGCAGGGUGGUCAGGACCAGUCCAGUGGAGUUCCUUUAGGCUGCAGCACCGGGGAGGAGGGCAAUGAGGAGAGAGACCCAGCCAACAGGAACCUGAAGAUCACCGUGGUGUACGGACGUUCCCACAGGACCAAGAGGACAGUGUCGGAGGAGGCUGCUUGUCUCCAGGCUACAGAGCAGCUGAUGGAUCUGAACUUCGUCAGACCGGUGAAGGAGAAGAGGUUCGCUCCCCACGCCAGCAACAGCAGCAACAUUAUCAAGUGCCAGAAGCUGCAGUGUACCGCGGCCAUGCGUCGUCCAGGGAGACCCGCCAAGGUCAAAAUCUCCGGAAUCUCCGUUACCGUCACCACCACGUCGCCGGGGAAACGCAAGAUCCACAUGAACCGGGACAGGAAAUCUCCGGAGAAGCUCUGUCAGCGGAAAGCCCUCCUUCCUGAACCCGAGCCUUCCAAAGAGCCCAGGAAAAUCAGCAGCACGCCGACUAGCGAGGACGCCUCUCGGAUGCAGAUAGAGAGAACGACAGAGUCCAAGGAUGGAGCGAGGGAGCGACAGACCCAGACUCCUCCUGUGUUGGCAGUGCGUCACUCUGUGAGAGUGAGGAAGCCUUCAGUGUACCUGCUUCACUCUGUAGCCACCUCCACCUCUAGGUCCCUGAGCCACAGUACCGCCCUGCUGCGCCGAUCCAGACAGCUACUGAUCAACAGGGCCAGCAGCAAGGGCAGCCAUCGCAAGAGGAAGGAGGAGGGAGGAGAGGACACCCCAGGGCGGGAGGAGCUGCUGUCCGGGAGGGAGGAGAGUAGGAGCGAGGGAAGAGGAGGGGUGUUGUGUGAGGACCUGAGCCAGGUAGCGGGGGUUUCGGUAGACUCCAUUUUCCCGGCCAGCUCCAGCGAGGCGUUGAGGUGGUGGCCCGUCUCCUCCGACCAGGACAGCCUGAACCAAGAGCUGGCUCGCAGGAUCCGCCUCAUAUCCCAAAGCUGGGUCGCUGCCGCUGCCACCCACACCACCAGGACGGGGACGAUCAUGUCCGCCAAGCAGAGACUCGACGACGACUCUUUGUCCUCCUGGAAGCCAGAGGUUGGGUCGGCAGUGCGGCUGCUGUUUGACCGGCGCUGCAGUGUGGAGAGGCUGGCCUCCUGGUUCAUGCAGACCACUGAGACUCAGUCUCUGGGCAUUGUGAAGAAGACCAGCUCCCGAAACCCCUAUGAGCUCCUGCACUACCCCCGGAACGCCAGCAGGGAGAGCGUCUUUCCCAGCCCGCAGACAAUGCGACUACGCAAACACAUCAAGAAGUUUGCCAAAGCUGUGCCGAAGAGCCCCGCCCAGCUCCGUCUGGCCCAGGAACGGCUCCGACGUGGAAGAGAGCUGAAUGCCAGGCGGCGUCUGUUCACUGCGAGGCCGACGUCUGGCGGGCUGCGUCUCAGAGCUCCUUGGAGGAAGGUCAGGGCCCUCGGGACGUACAGAACCACUCUGCUCAGAGUCAGAGAAAAGUUCCUCACCUGGACCCUCAGAGCCAAGCAGCCCAACAGGCUGAUCUGGAGGAGAAGCCUGGUGGAGGAAAGCAACUCACCUCACCAGGUCUGGCCUUCUGCUCAGACCAGGGAGGAGCACACCAGGUCUCCACAUCACCACUGUCUACCUGCCUCCUCAGAGACCAGUCAUCCCUGCAGCCCCGACCAGCUGACAGGCCUCACCAAACAGCAGCGUCUCAGCUCUAAAGCCUGGAGUCCAGAGAGACUGAAGGAGUGUUGCGUGUUCCUCAAGAAGAUCAACUCCCCCGACACAGAGUCCACCGUUGAGAAGGAGUGGGACGUCUGCACCGUCAAUCUAGACGACACAUACUGCCACGACGAGACCAGACAGGAGGAGAGGAGCGGAGAGGACGACAAAGCUGUGAAAACGGAGAGAAGGAAGAGGAGAGUUCCCUGGAAGGAGUCUAGCGGCUCGCCGCAGGAGGUGAUGGUUCAGGAGCACAACCAGGUCCGAGCCAGGAACAGGAGAGGCAAACAGAAAAAUUCAGGGAAGGCCACGAGCCAAUCACAGACCCCGCCGCCAGCGAAAGCCACGAACCAAUCCCCGACCCCGACGCCAGCGAAAGCCAUGAGCCAAUCACCGACCUCGCCGCCAGCGAAAGCCACGAGCCAAUCACCGACCCCGCCGCCAGCGAAAGCCACGAGCCAAUCACCGACCCCGCCGCCAACGAAAGUCAUGAGAAAAUCGCGUGGGAGGGGCCUGACCGGGCCACGGUGGCGUGACUUUAUACUGGGAACCUGACUGUCCUCCGUCCCGUCCCCACGGUGACUGUGUUGUAACUGUAUUGGCGGGACGCUCCUCCCUCCGUCUCCACGGUGACUGCGUGUAAACAACUCGGUGCCUUCAGACUGCCCCUUGGCAUUAUGUAGCAGAAGGAAAAGUUUAACCAGAAGAAGCUUACCAUUGCACUAUUCAGCCCCCCCCCCACACACACACUGCUUUAAAAA